UCGGCGACCAAAACGACGCUACUUGAAAAAAUGUUUUUGCCACCUUUUCUCUUUUUCUCCAUUACUUGAUAUCAUAAUUAUUAGUAAAAAUAUAUUAAUCUUGGCAGGGCUCAUUCGGUACAUAAUUAAGUUUCAGGAUGCGUUGUCUGGAUUUCUCUUGUGCACAUAGAAAGCUUCUCAGUCGAUUAAGAGUGGGCGCGGACGAACAUUGCUGUUCAAAUUUACAUUUGGAAUUAUCUGAAUUUUAAAACAAUAUCAAACACACAGUUAAAAUAGGGAACAAUAUUUGAGGAGGUAAUGGGUGAUUAGAAGAAGAAAAAAACACGCAAAUAAAAAGCACAAAAAUGUUAAGAUUACGUGUGAUGGACGGAAGGCUGAGGUUGUUUGACACCGGUAAUUCAAAGGCACCUUCCACGGAGAAGACGGAAAGCCGAGGCCCGUUGGCCGCGGCCUUGUUUGUGCGCGCGGUGUUUAUACUCCACAACCUCUUGUCUGUCUGGCGCGUGGUGGUCACGAAGAAGGACGACCGCUACUGGGCGCUCGUGGCCGCGAACAUCUUCACGCUCGUGGAGGCGUUUCUUGUCGUCAAGUGGAGGCGAGGCAUUGAAUGGAAGUGGUGGUGCCCGUGUUUCUUGGCCUACCUGGUGUCCACGUUCCCCGCCAUCUGGCUCCUGCAGCUCACCCAGUACCAAAACGCGGUAAUCGGCCCAAGCAACAAUGGAACUAACGUUACUGCGGGUUACCAGGCGCUUGCCGACCCACAGAACGCGACCACAGACGUAUACAUGAACUAUUCUUACAAUGAGAACGUGACGUCCACCACGGCCAUUAUAGCAACUGAACUUGUUUCCAACACUACCAGCAGCAUACUUGAUCGACUAGAGGGACUGCUGCAACUAGGGGAGCAGACAUGGAUUGUGGUCAUCCAGGAGUCCCUCGUCUAUCUCAUUAUCUUCGGACGUUGGAUGCUGCCUCGUGCACACACCUCGCGUGCGGACCUCUCCGACCUCCUGCUCGAGUACCUGGCCAUCGCCUCCGAUACCAUGGAACUGUACGCCCUGUAUGACGAGGAUGCGGUGCAGGCGGACCUCGGUAUCACCUACGCAAUCCUGGCAUUGUGGUCCAUCAGCUUCCUCCAGUUUGUGCCCAUCCUCAAGAACAAGAGCAAGUUCAAACAUCUCCAGAGUAAACGAACAAAGCGGAUACAGGAGGCGUGUGGCGACUAUUUCGCGGAAGUGUUCGUCACGUGUAUGAGCGUUAUGCUCCAAGACGGCCCCUUUCUUUGCCUGCGACUUUACAUCAUGCUGUAUUUGAACCUAGUAACAUACAGUUUGGUGUUUUUCAUAAUAAAAAAUAUCGUGACUAUUAUUUUACUAUUGUAUCGCCUAAGCAUUUUGUGCUUAAAACUACCGUGCUGCUAUGGGUCUGACGGCGACGUCGAGGCAGUUGAAGCCGUCGACUUUUCCAGGGCUAUUCACAUGCAACAUGACACUGGAAUAAGAAUCGCCACUCCAAAUGGAUUAGCACAUCGAACGUUUGGAUCGUUACCGGAACGGAGUUACAUGAACGGUACAGGAAUUUUUCCUUAGUGACCUAAUGAAGAACGAAUUGAUUUGCUCAAAUCGACUGAAGCGUGACGAUAUCAUAAAUGGAAUUUAAAAAUGUUAAAAGUGAGGAUUGUACAGUGUAUGCAUAUAGAAAUUACAGUGGCGGGUCUAGGAAUUCAUAACUGCGGGAGGGGAUGGGGGAGGGGGUUAACACAUUUAAAACCGUUCAUGCAUUCUAGGCUUCAUUCAAGAGCACUUUUAUACAUCUUACAGUGGACACACUUGCUGGCCAACAGUGCCCCACGCUAGUCCCGCCACUGACUGAUACACGGACUUUAAAGUAUUUUGUAUAACCAGAUACAUACAUAAAUCUGCUCAUAUUACCAGAUGUAUUAGUUGUACUGUGUACGGAUGUGAAUUUAAUGAAUUUUGCACUCACUAACAAAAUUGUUAAAAAUUUAUUAACAUUAAAUUAUAAACACGAUAACAUAUACCACUUUAUACGUACUUGUAUGAAUCAUUGGUUUGAAUAACCGCAGAUGACCUGCAACCUUGAUCAUGAACCUCAAUAUUUAUUUAAUUGGAAUGAUGUGCCAACAAGAGGCUAUCUUUGCUCAGUGAUUUUUGAGAGUGACAUACAUUCACUGAUACAUACAUGGCAGAACACAACAUCUCAGUAAUCAAUCUACCUUUAUCGCAUAAACUAUUUAAAAAUAAUGGGGUUUAAAACAUUACACAACUUUAAUUUGCGAUUUAUGUAUAACAUAGUGAUAAAGACAAUGAAAACAAUAUACUAAGGAAAGUUUAAUCUCUCAACAUUCUUAAAAGAUAACUACAGGAAUAUAAUGGGUUUGUGAUCAACAGUGUCCCAGUGAGAAGGCAGUAUUUCUCACGUUUGUAGAAAAUCAAGUGUCGGCCAUUAUUCAUUUAAAUUAGGUGAAGCGAUAGAUUUAAACAGUGGCUGGCCCAUCUAGUAGUUUAAACAAUAUUAUGUAGAUCACUAAAAUGUUUAAAUAUUGUUAGUAUGUACUUUUUUGUACAUUAAAACAACCGUAAACCAUUACAGGGAAAACAAAAUUAGCUGACAUUUGAUAUUCCGUUCAUCUUCAGUGCAAGAAAAAAACAGGAAACAAUUCUUUGCAAUGUUUGGAGGAUUUGUAUAAGUAAAACUCAAUUGGAUAAUGAAUUGCACUUGUCGUGACAAUUUAACGUUCACAAAACAGACAAAUAUUCCUUAAACCUGUCAAAAUAAAAAUAAUAUGUUAGUUAAUUCAAGUGAAUUGAAUUCAGUAACAAAGCCCCCUGUGACUAUAGUUAAAUGGCAUGAAGAAAACAUCAUCCUUUCAAAUCAAGAUCCUGAAUACGAUCCUCAAGAUGCCUAAACCGGAUCACUUAUUAAACAAGAGGGCAAAGAUAGCUCUAUAUCGCUCACCUAAGUAAAAACUUUAUUACAUCCUCGGCAUCCCAGCGUAUCAUAACCUAGAUGAUAUUAUAUAGGUUAUGAUACGAUGGGGUGCCGAGGAUGCUUUAAUGGGGCUCUAGACAUUUCUAUAAUUAAAGGGGAAAAACGCUCGGACAACUACAGUGCUUUGGCUAAUUAUCAAACUCGUCUGAGAUAUUAUGCCCACACACAUUCUUACAUUUAAUGAUUAUAGGUCACUUUCUACAAUAAAAGGGCCAUAACUCUCGAAUGAAUUAAGCAUAAUGGCUGUUUUUUAAACUUGGCUGAUAUAUAAUGCCCUUACUCAUUCUCACUAAAUUUGAUGCGGAUUGGACAAAGGCUUUUAAAGCUAUUGAUCGGACUUAACCAAGUUUAGGUAAUUUCUAUAACUAAAUGGUGAUAACUUUUGAGUGACUAGAGCAAUAUGGCUGGUUAUUGAACUUGUUCAACAUAUUAUGCCUAUAUACAUUCUGACUUAAGUUGGUAAUGAUUGGACAGAGACCUCUAAAAUUAAAGAUCGGACAAGACACAGUUUAGGUAAUUAAUAAAAGAAAAGCAUUCAUGUGACAGCUGGCAUAUAUGUGCCAAGUAAGCCUCUGUUUGCCAAUUAACUUGCUCGUCACUAGUAAAGCAAAGAAUGAUUGCAUCGAAAAGAAGUCAAUUUGAACCGCAUAAUUGGCGGUUCUGAACGGUUAGUUUCAACCCGUUAAAACAUAUUUUGUUUGUCGUUCUUGCAAGCGUAAUUUAAACCUUCGAAGAAGUGAAACCAAUUCAAACUACAUGAUUGGAUGUUUUGCUUGGCAAUAAGCCCGCCCUAUUUGGUUCUUAGUGAUACUUUAUAAAAAAGCCAAAUCGCUGACGGGUGUUGAUGGUUUUUCUUUGGUAUGUGUAGCCGAUUGACAGGCCAUAGAUUUAUUCAAAAUUCACUUCGUAAUUUUUCGCAGUACGAGUAUAUACAAGCUUGGUAAGAGUUCCAUAGAUAAGCAUUACAAGUGCUCGGCCGUUUUUAACAGUCGAUCUACUCUAAACUGUCCAGAAAUUGUACAGAUUGUACACCGCCGAACUUCUCCUGAUUGAGGAAGGUCGCUACAUACUCGAUACUUGGAAUAGUUUACCGUGCAAUAUUAAUUAAAUACACAGGUAAAACAUUUAAAAGACAGAAGACUUAAGUAUUUGAACUGUAAAUGCGGUCUCAUGUCCAUCAUGCAUACUCGACCCCCGUGCUCAUACUAUCUAUCAUAAAUACUUGUACAGAGGAAAAAGGCACUUAUUAAAUCCUCUGUGUAUUACAGCUGCACUUCCGCAAUUAAAUGAGUUUGAGCGCUAUUAAGUCAUUCGGGUCAGGUUUACUCUGUCACGAAGCCCAUUGUUUCCAUAUAUCCAUGUAGCUUUUUAUAUAGAUCAAGAUCUCGGUUUUAACCAGUUCUUUUUGAAGAAAUAGCAGGUGCACAAUGGCCCAUGCUGACUAACAUUCCUAUGCAAUUUUCUGAGAGCAGGUCAAACACUUUUGGAGUAAUAUGCAAGCAAU